AUAUAAACAUCUGUGUGACGUUUUGUUUUGAUCAAAAACUGUCAAAGCCAAGCUGAAUAGAAAAUAUGAAAAAACUUUAUUAAUUAAAAUUAAAGCAUCACACUAAUUAACAAUACAUAAUUUGCCAAUAGUCACUAUGUAUUAUAUAUAUUUUAUACUCAAUAACUCAAUCCAUAAAUAUCAUUGACCAUCUCUGGCAAUUUGUUUAUAAAGUUUCAUACGAAUUAAAUCUCUUCUCUUACCGAAAUAAUUAAUUGAAAAAGAAAAACAAAGGUAGAUACCGAGUUAUGUGACAACUCACUUUGCAAUUAAUCGACUAAAAUCGUAAGAAAGAAUGCAGAUUGUGUGAGUUAUCGGAUAUCACCAGAAAUAAACAUCAUGGCGUAUUCGGACGUUAAUUUUUCUGAUACAUUUUCGGAAAAGUCCAAUUCCUCAAGUUUCGAAAGUACAUCAGAUGAAAUUGAAAAUAUUGAUACAGUAGAUAAUAGUCCAAAUUCUAAUAUAACUCUCCAUAUAUUGAAUAGACAGAUUUAUGGACGAUUUACUAAAAGGUGUAGAACAAAGACUGAAAAAGUAUUCAAGAAUAUUCAUCCACAAUGCAGAAUUCCUCUCAGUUCCUUAGUAAAAAAUACAGAAAACAUGCAUCAUGUUUUCAUGGGAUUCACCGUAUGUGGAACCUAUUUUCUAAGCUUCACAGAAAAGAAUGCAGGUUUAGACCAAGAUAUUUUAUAUAUGCUCAAUGCAUCAUACGAAUAUGAAUUACAUUUAUGGAAGUUCCAACCAGGAAAGGAAUUGAAAUAUCUAACAAGCUAUAAAAUAUUUAAACAACUUCAAGAUUCAACAAAUGUUCUGGACAAUGUGAUGUUUAUGCAAUUUCCAUUAGAUCCAUAUAAGAUAAUAUGUUAUGGAGUAGUGACAUCCAAUACUCCCAUGGCAUACAUGACCAUCUUAACUUUACCUUCAAAGAGUUGUAGGCACUGUUGUAGAAGCUCUUUCCACAAAAAUGAAGAAAUUAUCUCUGAAGGUUGGUGCACUAAACAUGGCUUCAUUCUGCACUAUACCCUUCCUCUUUCAAAUCCAUCGCCAGUAUUCAAUCCACAUGUCUCUUUAGCGUAUCCAGAUUAUGUAGUAGUUAAUACAGGCCAUUAUAUCCAUAUUUUAAAUAUAAAUACAUCAAAUUCACCCCAAAGCAAUAAUGUUCCUAUGAAUAUGAAGGAUGAUGAUAAGUUAGGAAUGAACUUCAAUGAUGCUCAGAGCGAAGCAUCAGAAACCAUAAGUGAUCAUUUCGAUACAAAUAGUGUAGUGGACGCCAUAAUUGAAGACUUCAACGAAUACGACCUUGAAAAUGGCGAAUGUAAUAAACCAUUUCAUGAACUAAACAUAUCAUGUGAACCUUUGAAUGUCACAGGUAAAAGUUAUCAUAACACACUUGUUCAAAAUAUUGUGGAUCCUCGAAUGAAAAGAUUACAAUCAUCAAAAGACUACCAGUUUCCAGUUCCUCAAAGUUCGGCAGUGCAAAAAAAUUCGGAAAAAACUAAAAUCGAUUUAAAAAACGCGGAAAAAGCAUACGAGUUCAUUGAAGAGAAUGAAAAAUGUGAAAAGUUGAGUUUGUUUCGAAAAAAACGUUUGGCGGAAAAAAAAUACGAGUUUUCGGAGGAUAAUAUGGAAAAUAUUGUUCCAUUCAACUCUUUGAGGCGAGAAAAACGUUUUUUCAGAAGGUGCAUUCGAUCUCCCGAUUUAAAUAAUUUAUUUUUGAGUCCCCGUUCCCCUGGCUUACGUUCUCCCAUCCAAUCCCCCAGUUCCCGCAGUGGACAGUUUUCACCCAGUGGCGCGCAUAAUGUGUAUUGUACUUCCUUCCGUAACUCCCCUCACCACUCCAACCGAUCUCCAAUAUCUCCUAAAGACACUACUAGAAAAUUUCAUAGCUAUUCUCCUUUGAAUAUGGAAAGUGAUUUUGAAUUCGAUUCAAGAUUAGUUAUGAAAUCUAAUUCAACUAGUAAUGGCCAUUAUUCAAGUUUCACCGGUAUUGGAGGGGCUGGUAUGGAAAAUUCUAGGUCUAAUCAUUCUGGAUUGCUUAUAGUGGAUCCUACCAGCAGAGAAAAUACACCCAAAUGGAUCAAGAAAGUAGUUCGUAGAUAUUCCAAUGGUGACUUCGAGAAUAGCUCAUUACUGAGUGGACAUAGUAGAGAUGAUUACAACAUUCCCAUUGAAAUUCCCCUAAUUGCUCAAACGCUCUCUGAUCAACUUCUGGACAUUGUACCAGAUUUCAAACUAGAUCACAUAACACAGAUGCAUCUUAUUGUAACUCAAAGGACAUUUGACUGUGAACAAUUCAUACAGAGGCGUGCUCAACAACUAUGUACUGAAUCGCAGUUGCAAUUUUUACAUUGUCAGGACUAUGAUGUCAAGAUGAUGCAUGUUUGUCCAGUAGAUGGUGAUAUAGUUUGUAAGGCCACUAUAAAAAUUGGAGCUUUGAAGAAUGUUUCCAAUUGCAAACCAGCUAUAUACUGUUCCGAAUUUAUUUUUAUAUGGAAUAUCGCAACAGAUGCUUUCAAAUUAUUAUACACACCGACUGAAAAACUAUGUUUAGUUAAAAGCUUUAAACCAUUGCCACCAUUCAAGUUUCCUAGGAUCAAUUGUCAAGAAGUUAUGGUUCUUGACUAUGGAUUCAUGUCAACGAAAACUAUUCUCAGGGAUUAUCAUAAUAAUUAUGAAAUUUAUUUGAAUGAAGGUGAAAUACCUUUAAUGGGUAGCAAUAGAAAUGUUUGGCCUUCUGAAGAUUUUUUUUUUGAUUCAGAGGCUGUGUAUGAUUUUGAAGAAAAUUCGGUGUGAAAUACUUGACUGCCAUUUAUUUGAUGAACUUGCCUUUUCAUGAAUAUUACAAUUGAUAUUUUAUUAAUACUGAUAAUAAGUUUGAAUUCGUUAAUAUGUUGAAUUCCACCUGUGAUUUAAAUGUACUGAGUAAUAAAUUAUUUAUGAUCUUUCA